GCGUUCCCGGAUGUUAGUUCCCUAAGUUGGUUUCCAACUGUCCCUAUGGGGCCACUGAAUACCUAGUGUGUCACGUGAUUGGGGAGGUUUCUUCCCUGUAUUGCUGCCGGAUUAUACAACAACCCUAGUGCGUGCAAUGUCGGAAUGGCGCACGUCUGUGAUCGAGCUGCCAUCGGCGAUGACGAUCGUCGCUGCGAAUUUUGCAGCAAACUGUUCAUACAGAGGAAGAACAUGCUGCAACACAUCAGGAACGUUCACAAAAUGGCCGUGGAUGUCAAGAAAUUGAUGAAAUGCGACGUAUGUGGCACUUCCCUGCCUACAAUGGAGAAGUAUUCGGUGCACCAGAUCGCUGCGCACAACUUCGAGGCUGAUUACGUGUACCUGGUGUUCUGGAACAAUAAGGAAUUUCAUGAAUGGAAAGCAGAAGAAGAGGGUAGCCAAAACUACUGGUUCAUUUUGCCCAGGGACCCCAAAAAGCUGGCCAGUGGAGAAACAAGGAUCCACUAUUACUGUAAUAGAUCAGGCGAGGCAAGGAAAAAGGAAGGUCAUAGUGACCGUCGGGAGAAAAGUCAGGGGAGCUGUAGGUCUGAUCUUGUGCUAUGAGAUGAGGAGGUGUAAAAUAAAAACACCGUGUAGAUUUCACAAUGCCUUUAAGAAACCACGCGAAGCUUGGAGAUGAAGCAUUACAUGCACCUUGAACCAAGUGUCUGGACACAGUGAGUGAAAGUUGUUUUGUCAUGAGCGAGGGUGUCGGUGUUACUUGUAACUACCUUUAAAUAAAGGUUUGUUUCAAAACAGUGGCUCAACUCUGUGUUUCCCCCGGUAAAAAACACAACCAUUGGGAUUUUCAUGAGCGAGGGUGUCGGUGUUACUUGUAACUACCUUUAAAUAAAAGUUUGUUUCAAAACAGUGGCUCAACUCUGUGUUCCCCCGGUAAAAAACAAAACCAUUGGGAUUUACAAUUCGCUUUUUAAACAUAAUUGAACAACAUGAAUAAAAAAAACUUGAUGAAUCAAGAUAUAAGCUUGCCAUACCAUGGAAACACUUGAAACUCCUUUUGAGAAGCUUACUCAUACACGAACACACUAUAGCAAUUAUUUUCAA